CAUUUCAAAUACUCAUUCAAACAUUCAUCACGUAAAAUGUACAUUUUGUUGACUGUACAAAAAUAUCAGCUGAUUUCCAGUCAAUUAAUCGGGCGUUUUGUCGAAAUGCCGAAACACUCCACUUACUACAUUGAUAGAAUAAUUCUCGGAAGUGGACGUAUUAUUCUCAGAUAAGGGCGCAGAUAAUGCAAGAUGCAACAAAGAUAACCAAGUAAUUCAUCCACUCCACUACCAAUUCACCGACUUACCGUCGCCUGUUGCCUUUGUAUCAAGUUCAUCAUACUUUAUCGGAUGUCUGGGUUUUCAUUUUGUCUUCAAUUCCUCAUUGUGUACUUGAAGUUCGAACAGUUCUGUUGAUCUCUUCAGUUUUCCUUCAGCAGAUUAUCGAAGACGUGAAAGAUCCUUCUAUUUUUCUAGGACUAAUUAUUGAAGACAUAUCCAAUUACACAUAUCGUUGUGAAAAAUGAGUAUUACGAGUACUGACGAAGCUUUGUCCUCAUUAGAAGAACCCGUAUCGACGAUAAGAUUAAGAAUUAUAGAAAAUUUGUUCAAAUUGCCUGCUCUAGAGAGGGAAGUCCUCUACGAUGAUUUGAGUCGUAUUAUCAACCUCAAAAAAAUCUCGCCGCAGGAAGCUCGUUCACAGGCUGCGUCCUCGUGUGAAGAUUCCAAUGGAAUAAGAAUAGCUGAACUGGAAGAACGUAUUAGACAACUUUCAAAAUCUGAACGCGAUUUGAAUGAGGAAUUGGUCGCCAAAUCCGAACAGAUUCUUGAUCUGGAGCAGAUCAUUACUAGUCAAGCUGUGGAAAACGAAGAACUUCGGGAAAAUAAUUUUCUACUGGAAGCUCGUGUACUUCAGCUGUCAGAUACGGUGACUGAUUUAAACAAUGAAUUGACCAUCAAAAAUCUCCAACUCCAAGAGAUGGAGGACAAGUUUUCCAAUGCCAUUGCCACUGCAGUGCAAGAUAGCGAAGAAUUGAGUGCGAGUGUCCGAAUCGCCGAGUUUGAAACUGCUGAAAAAUUCCUCUUAGAAGCGGAAGUCGUCGACUUGAGAAACGACAUAGAGAUGAAAAAUCUUAUCCUAGAACAGAUAGAAGAAAAUUGUGCUACAACGAACUCAAUUAACGACGAUUUGAGGAAAAGGAACAAACAACACCUACGAGUUAACCUACAGUUAGAAAAAGAGUUACAAGAUACGAGAACUGCAGGAUGGUUGGACGUGAAAGAAAACGUCGCAGAGGCGAAUUCUUUUGAUAAAGAAUCGAGCAGAUCUAGAGCUUCUCAAGAUCCCAAAGAGAAAGUACAAGCUUGGCUGGAUAACAUCGACUGAAUUAUUAUCUGAGAUGAAGACAGUUACCUUUAUUCAACUGUAGCCUAAAUUUUAAGCGUUUCCUUAAUUAUUUUUCGUUUGUCAGUUUAUUGAUUUUUUCGUUUAUUGUGGACUAUUUUCUAUAUUUUAUUUUUUUAACUCGAGUUUUUAUACUUUUUUUUGUUGCAUUUUACAAUAUUAUUUGUAUGAUUGAAAUUUCCCCAAUCAAUUGGGUUUAUGAUGGUACUUAUGUCAUUUUAACAGUGAAACUGAUUUCUCACUGGUCAGUUGUGUUUCUUUUCAACCUUGUUUAUAUCCAAACGACUCGAUUACUUUUUUUAAAAUAAAUUUGUUUGAAUCUUAUGGUA